AUCAUCCUCCCGCGCAGUGUCGCGCUCGAACUCCGUCGUCAACACGUUUGGUCGUGCUGCGUCACCGUCGCCAUCGCGUGUGCACGUAAAGCCUGAACCUGUCGAAGAAGCGCUCCCGACACGUACCCUUACACCAUGGAUCUUGUGCUAGAGCGCAAAAGUAAGCAGAGUAAAGAAAGGCGUUCUUCCAACACACGCUCUCGCGACGACCGACGCGCUCACGAGUCGGAUAUAUCCACGCCAUCAACCGACAUGACCCCUCAGAGCACACCGCAAACACCUCACCACUUCAGACACUACAGUGACCGCGUUUUGGGUGAUGCUUUCGCGUCCCGGGCUGUCUUGCCUCCAUUCGACGCCAGCGACCCCCGUACACCAAGACCGCGGUCUAAAGCGCGGGGGAGCAGUCGUGCAGCGACUCCGGCAGGACGUACAAUUUACUCUCGUGGUCUGACUCCGCAUCGUCCAUCAUCUCCUGGCUCAAGUCCCACGCGAAUCGUCAACAUGGUGUCUUCGCCAGGCCCGAUGCGAUCGUCGCCAGUCCGUCCUGCGAAAGAAACCAAAUUGCCAUAUGUCCUGCCCCCUGGCCCAUACUCAGAGGACAAACCAGACUGUGCCUACGCUGGUCUCAUUGGGCAGGCGAUUCUUUCUUCACCUGAGCAUCGCUUGACGCUCCAAGACAUCUAUGAGUGGAUCACCACGGUGCACCCGUACUACAAACGCGGGGAGCAGACAUGGAUGAACUCCGUCCGACACUGUCUGAGCACCAUGGCGGUCUUCCGCAAGGUCCCCCGUGUCCGUAACGAGGGCAAGAGUUUGUGGGCCAUCUUCGACGACGAUGUAGCGGCGUUCGCAAGUGGCAGUUUCAAGAAGUCGCUCUGCGCGGACAUGGUUAAGCAAGAGAAAGAGAAACAGGCCAAGCGUGGUCCUAGGAAACGUGGGGCGGCUAUGGAUGACGGCAGGGACAGCAAACGUCACAAGAGCGUGCACGUCGAUGCUGAGGGGAGCCGUCCCGCUGCUCCUCACCCAAUGCUGCCGCCGUACUUCCCUCCCUUCCAUGUCAACCCUAACCAGCAGCCUUACUAUCAGGCCUACGCCCCUCAGGCCAUACCUGCGGAAGUUGUGUUCCCUCCCCUGCCUCCCAACGCGGGUUUCGCUAGGUCUGUGUCGAGGCCUAUGUCUGUGCGGCCUACAUCUUCGGCCGGCUCUAUUGCUCCCCGCCCAGUCUCUGCCGCUGGCUCUGCAGCGACAGAUGCGUCCAUUGUCCGCGGACGCGACAGGUCGCCCAAGCCUAUCUCAUCAUCCUCGUCGGUGCCCGCCCUCACGCCCAACUGCAGUUCCUCCUCGAGCCCGCCGCUUUCCUCGCAUGCGAGCAUGAUGGACGAUGCCCGGUACAGCUCGUCGCCAGCGCUAUCGCCUAUGAGGGUUGCUAUCAUGGAUACUGAUGAUGAAGAGGACGAGCUGGACACGGGCUGGUUGCGCAGAGGACCCCCGAUCCAAGCCCUGGCACCCAGUGCUACUCUCCUCAGGCCAGCCGAGUUCAAUACUCCGCGUCGCUCUAAGUCCAAGCAGCGCGAUGCACGGAACCGGUACAAGGUAUGUCGGUCGUUUGGUGGUUGGAACGUUGUUGCUCAUGCCUGGUUCGUCUCAGGCUCUGUCGGCUCGGCCCGCACCAGAAUCACCCACCCUCGAGCACAGCGUCUUGAGAAGCAAGCAGAGAGAGGUGCUAGCCCGGAACUUGAGCACGCCUCCCCCAGAGAGCACGCAGCUGUUGCCCUUGCCGUCUACGCCCCCGAACAGGCCCUACACACCUCUGCGCAAGCAGCGCGUCACCAGCGGCGGCGUCCGACUCUCCCCCACUCUGACACCGAUAUCCCAUGCCGGCUUGCACAUGAGCCCCUCACCGAGUCUUGCCCACUACAAAUCCAACCUAGACCCGCCCCCGCCCUCAAUGCACUUCCCACAAGCCCCGUUGCUCGCCGUUCCCGGGAGCUCGCAGAUGACGCCACCCCGCCAGACUGGUAGCGCGGACGUGCACACGCCUCUGCGCAAGGCCUCGGGCACGUCCGACAACGGUUAUUACAACUUGUCGCCUUUCGCGCCCGUCACGCCCCAGCGGAUCACCUAUCCGAACUUCGACUCGCCAUGGCGCACACCGUCGAGAAGCACCUACGAUCCGCACGCGCCUCCUCCCUCCUUGACGAGGAGCUUCACAGGCAGAGCUUGAAGGAUAU